GGCGGAGCGGCGGGGGAGCGCGGAUCGGGCCGCUCCUAGGCUGCGCGGGGCCCUGCGCGGGGCGCGCAAGCGAGCCGGGCGCGCAAGGCGGCACCAUGGCCGCGGUGCAGGCGUCCCGCCGGCAGUGGUGCUACUUGUGCGACCUGCCCAAGAUGCCGUGGGCCAUGAUCUGGGAUUUCAGCGAGGCCGUGUGCCGGGGCUGCGUGAACUUCGAAGGGGCCGAUCGCAUCGAGUUCCUCAUCGAGACGGCGCGGCAGCUGAAGCGCAGCCACGCCAUGCAGGACGCCCGCUCGCCGGGGCCCCAGGCCGUCAAGCAUGCCAAGGACGGAGGGCCCUUGGACCGGGCCGGGCUGGAGCGCUACGAGCGGGCCCGGGGGCCAGGCGACUACACCCUCAGCCCCCGGUUGCCCAAUGGCUUGGCCCGGGCGGAGGACGGGGGGCCCGAAGGCAGCCGGCAGAGCCCCACCGCCCGGCGGGCACUGAUGGGCCCCGUGCCACCCAGCCUGGGACUAAUGGGGGCACCGCAGGGCUUGCUGGCUGCUGUAUCGGGGUUGGGGGCCCGGGGCCCCAGCCUGGGCUUGGCGGCCGCCUCGCCCCUCCUGGGGGAGCUUGGCAAGGCGCGGGGCCCCUACGGCGGUGAGUACGAGAAGGAGAAGCAGCGCAACACGGAGUGCCUGGCUGAGCUGAGCGAGGCCUUGCGGGGCCGGGCGGAGGAGUGGCACAGCAAGCCCAAGGCAGUGCGGGAGCAGCUGCUGGCCCUCUCGGCCUGUGCCCCCUUCAACGUGCGCUUCAAGAAGGACCACGCGCUGGUGGGGCGCAUCUUUGCCUUUGACGCCACCCCCAGGCCCGGCUACGAGUUCGAGCUGAAGCUCUUCGUCGAGUACCCGUGCGGCUCGGGCAGCGUCUACGCCGGCGUCCUCGCCUUGGCCAAGCAGAUGUUCCACGACUGCCUCAAGGACCCCGGCAAGGUGAUCUCCUCCGGCUACAAGUACCUGGAGUAUGAGAAGCGGCACGGCACUGGGGACUGGCGCCUGCUGGGGGAGCUUUUUACUGAGGGCGUCCGGUUCUUCCGGGACCCCCCGGUCCCCGAGGCCCUGCCCCAGCAGUUCCUAGACAGCAGCUGUGCCAUGCUGCCCAGCGCCCUGGUGCGGGCCAUGCCGCCCCGGGCAGUCAUGCGGCGCCGCAAGGCCUCCCCGGAGCCGGAGGGCGAAGGGGGCGCAGCGGGCAAGCUGACGGGUGAGGAGCAGCAGCAGAGGCAGAACUGGCUUCCCCAAGGGUCAGCUGGGAUCUACUCACCGGGCAUGGCCCACCUUGCCGCGCCCGCCAGCCAGGCCCCCGGCCCUGAGGGUGCCCUACGCAACGACCCCUCGCCCAUCACCGCGCUGAAGAACGUAGCCGACGCCUUGGGAGCCGGGCAGUCGCCGAAGGACGCCAAUCCCGUCCACUCCACCACGGCCCGGCAGAACAGCGCCAGCCCUGCCUCGCCUGCCGCCUCAGCCCAGCACCGGCUGGUCCCGCGCAACAGCGAACCCGGGCAGGCAUCUUCCUCGUCCUCCUCUUCCUCCGGGGCCCACUCGGCCGGCGGCACCGACUCGGCCGGCGCCCAGAGCACCCCCGACUCCUCGGGCGGCCCCAGCAGUGCCCCCUUGUGCUGCACCAUCUGCCACGAGCGGCUGGAAGACACCCACUUUGUGCAGUGCCCGUCGGUGCCCAGCCACAAGUUCUGCUUCCCUUGUUCCCGUGAUUUCAUCAAAGCCCAGGGGGCGGCCGGCGAAGUCUAUUGCCCCAGCGGGGAAAAGUGCCCCCUGGCCGGCUCCAACGUGCCCUGGGCCUUCAUGCAGGGAGAAAUCGCCACCAUCUUGGCCGGAGACGUCAGAGUCAAAAAGGAGCGGGAUCCAUGAACCGAGAGCUGGGAGGGGGAUCGUGGGGGUGUCUUGUUUUCCCCCCGCCUGUAAUCUGGGGGGUCCCCCUUGCCUGUGAUCUGGGGGUCCCCUGGCAGCAAGAGGCCUCCGGAGUAACUGGCGCUACAAUUAACUUAUUGUCCUUUUUAACCUUUCCCAGUCGGGGGCCCUGUAUAUAAUCUAUUUUUUAAUAUUUCCAUAGCAAUCUUAUAUCUGAGGUCAUAUCUACAUAACCGACCGGGGGGUAUCACGUGUGUGCUAGGGGGAGUAGGGAGGGUUUGCUACAUAGCAGCAUAAGGGGGAUGUGGGGUGGGAGUGGUAAGGGGCAGAGCGAGGCCCAGACCCUCUUUUGGGGCCACCCUGGAGAUGGAAUCUCUCUGUUCUGCCCUAGAGGGGAUGCAACUGGGGCAGAGACUCCCUGCCUGUCUGCUCACAUGUCUCAGGCUGAGGGGAGGGUGCUGUGUGUCAAUCUUCGUGGCCUACUGGGGCUGCGGCUCCUGCCGGUCGUGGGAAGCGGCUGAGAACAAGCAAACUUGCUCCAUGCAAAUUGGGGAGAGGGGCGGGGAGAGGGAUGUGAGCUUUGCCUGUCAUAGACCCGGGUCUGGAUCAGAGCUGGCACCCCCUAGAGGGGAAGGGCCCCAUAUCCCAUCCCCUGUGUGCUCUGCCAGGGGGGCAGUCUGGGCCUUGGGGCCAGGCUCUGGGCACCUUGUUUAGCAGCUCAGUUCCUGGCAUUCUGGGUUCCAAGGUUUGGGGAACUCUUCCCCCCAGGCUCUUUUGUGGGUUCCCCAGCGGGGCCCAUAAGGGAGCCCUCCUUUCUGGGGAGAGCAGCACAAGGACCCUGGGAGUAGAAAGCCAGAGAGGAAGGGUGACCAGCUGUGCCAGUCUGCUCACUCCCGAACCGCAGCCCCCGGCUAGCCCAGCCUCUGCUGGUGCCCCUCACUGCUGAUCCACAGCCCUUGCCAUCCCAGGUCUGCUGGUGCCCGUCCUGACCCACAGUUCCCUGCUCCCCCCGCUUCUAGCCCAGCUCUGUUCUGCCCUCCCCCCCCAGCUCUGCUGGUGCCCCUCACCCCCAACCUGCAGCCCCCUGCUAGCCCAGCCCUGGGCUCCCCCCACCUCUGUCGGUGCCCCUCCUGACCCACAGUCCCCUGCUCCCCCUCUUCUAGCCCAGGCCUGUUCCCUCUUCCCCCCCCCCCAGCUCUGCCAGUGCCCCUCACUCCCAACCCGCAGCCCCCUGCUAGGCCAGCCCUGGGCUCCUCCACUGACUCGGCUGAUGCCCCUCGAGCCUGACUGGGAGCCAUGAACAGAGGUUACUUGGCUGCAUGGUGUGGAUGGGGGAGUGAACGAGACCCACCAGCCCAAUGUCACUUGAGCCCUCAGUAGCACUCAGAGUUACAGCUAAGCCUUCAGCGAGAACUAGCUCCUGUCCCCACCCCGGCCCCCGCUACACAGGUGCCAGUGCACAGCCAGUCCCCACUAAUUCUUUCGAGUGGGGGGCUGUGAUUCAGGACUCCUGGGUUCAAAAAGCUGAGACGACACUGCUCUGGAGAGAUUGGGGGUUCCUGUUGUUUGAACAGGGGCCCCCCAGCUUCCUUGGCCAGAGGAACCGGGUUGAGGGGAGAUGGGAUUGAUUUUUAGUAGGGCCUACCUUUAUUGUUGUUGCUGAUUGUAGGAUCCAGGCUGUUUGGGGGGAGGAGGCUGGCAGCCAGGACUCCUGGGUUCUAUCCCCAGCUUGGGGGGGGGAGUGGGGACUAGUGGUUAGAGCAGGGGGCUGGGACCCAGGAUGCUUGGGCUCUGUCCCUGGGGAGAGGAGUGGGGUCUAGUGGUUAGAGCAGGGGGCUGGGAGCCAGGACACUGGGGUACUAUCCAAGGCUUUGCUACGAGUUUGCCGUGCAGCUGUGGGCUAGACACGUCACCAGUCCGUGCCUCAGUUUCCUUCUGUAAAGUUGGGAGGCUGGCCCUGUAACUGCUCAGCCAGUCUAGGGCUGGGAUGUUGCCCUUUCAUCAGUGCUCCUCUUUCAGAGCCCCCCAGGGGCACCCUGAAUCCCCAUGAGAACAAAGAUCCUUGUGCAGUCCUACAAUAACAAGGACAAAAGUCAUAAGCAGUGGGGAGAAGGAAGAGGAGCAGUUCCGUGGGUGACCCCUCCCCACCCUGCCCUGCCCAGCCUGCUGCCCCUUUAAGGGGUCCUCGCUGAUUUCCGCCCCAGCCGCUGGAUUUCUAUCAUAGGCGAUGAGCUUUCCUUGGUGGGCAGCGCAGCGACCUGAGACGGCUGGACACGCCAGGGAGCUGGGAAUAAGGGGGUGGGAGAGAAAAGUGCCUAGACCUGGUUUCCGUGGGGGACCCCCCACGGACCCCGUGUUCCCUGCAGCAGGGGAAUUUUCAUACCAAAAUGCUGAGCAGGUGCACAUGGAAAUGGGGCCAUGGCCGGGGGACUAUGUGCUGUGGGCAUCCUGGGGUGUGUGUGGGCCAAAGGUAGAAAGAAUCCAGGAAGGGGAAUAGAUUCCCCCUGUUUUAACUGCCCUGUGGAUCUGUCCCCACCUGGCUUGGGGCCCCCGUGGGGCUGGGCCUUGGCUAGGAGGUUAUUUCGGCAGAGAUUCUUGGGUGGGGGGGGUCCCACUGAGUCUCCCCGCCAUGCCUGGACCCAGCGAGAUGGGCCAGGGAGGCUCCCAUGGGCGCAAUGGGGGAGCAGGUGUGGGGUGGGGGGAGUGUAGGACACAGGGGGGUGUCUGGGGGGCGAUGCUCCCAGCUUCAGGCACCUCGGUGGGGGAGAAGGGGGGGAUCAAAUCAGUUUGUGAUUCUCUUUGUUUUUUGUCAAUAAACUGAUUCUUCUGUUUGUUUUUGUUUAAAGA